UUUCCAGGUAGUGGAACGUCAAAUUUUCCGAGUUUUCAAUUUGAUAGGUUUUCCGCGUUGUCUGAGAUUCACGAAAUUGCGUUCUCCAUGUUGUUCCAUUACCGAUAGCGCUGCCACCAGCAGAGAAAAUUUCAAACAACGUUCUGUAUCCUUUUUUUUUACGGACACGAGCUUCCGUAAGAGACCCUGUGCAGUUCGUCCCACCUCUUGGUCUCUAGUUUCCAUGCACGCGAGUUUCACGCAGUUUCACGUGAUGAAAUAAUAUUCUUGCUCUACGAAUUAUUAUUGUGAAUUAAGCGACAGUUAAUGUGAGUGCAGUGUCAAUCGCCAUUUUCAUCUAAUAUGCAAUUUUUAGACGUGUCUCUGUUAGUAUUUUCAAGAGAAUUACUGCAAAAUUCAAAGCAAGAGGUAGAAGUGGUUUUUUUGAAGAAACAUGUGAUGCAAGCUCUUAAACAAUUAUUUGGAGAAGAAGGAUCUAACUGUAAAGUUGAUAUAUUAAAGUAUAAUGCUUUAGAUCGUAGAUUUAUUUUACGCUGUGAGUCAAACCGUUACGUGCACUUAAGAGCUGCAUUAACUCUUGCUAAUACCUACGCCGACGUGCCCUGCAGAUAUACCGUACAUAAAGCAUCUCCAAAUUUGCUUUCACUUAGUGCAAACAGCAGAACCUAUAUUCAUCAGUCUAUUGAAUAACAGUUAGCUGUCUAAUAUACAGAUUCAAUAUGCCAAUCGUACGAAAGGAGGGUAAAGAUACAAUCAUUUUUGCAUCUAAAGAAGAUCAUGCUACACCAAGCAAAAUUGAUCUUCCUGAACCAGAACCCAGUCCUGGAUUGCUAUUACCAAAUGGAGAAAUAAAUUGGAACUGCCCUUGCUUAGGUGGAAUGGCAACAGGACCAUGUGGAUUAGAAUUCCGUGAAGCAUUUUCUUGUUAUCAUUACUCUACUAGCGAGCCAAAAGGAUCCGAGUGCUAUGAAGCAUUUAAAACAAUGCAGGAAUGCAUGUCUGCAUAUCCAGCUUUAUAUGGAAGCAAGGAAGCAGAUAUAGACGAUUUUGAUGAUGAUGAUGAUUCUCGUUCAAUUGCAAGAGAUAAUGAAGAUCACUCUAAGAAAAACAAUGAACGUAUAACUAACGAUACUAAAGAAGUAUCAAAACGUGAUAUGAAAGACUUGCAACAAGGCAAAUCGGUCGCAUCAAGCUCCAGACAAGAAUUCAGUAUUUCAUUUGGAUUUAAAAACUGGUGUUCAUUUAUGCAAGCUGACUAUAGAGAUUUAGUUUAUACCAGUCACUUGGUAUGCAUAUUAAAAAUGUACGCAUACCGACACUGCUCGCUUUUGAUGGCAAAUACAGGCAAAACUACAACGUGGGUGCUCGAGAGUUGAGUUAUAUUUAAUAUACAAUUAGUAUACGUACGUAGAGUAAUAUACAAUUUUCAUAAGCC